AUGACGAACAAGAAUGACCUACAAGAACUCGCAAAGCAGAACAGCGCCCACCAAACUCCGUCCGCGGUCUGGGACGAACGAUCUGCAAGCUCUGGCUACGCUGCCUUCGUCCGCGUCGCUGCAGCAAAUGGAAGUAGCGAAUCUCUGUCCGCGGCCACACCAGACGUGCCCGGCCUGGUCGAAGACGCAACCGCGGAGACUUCAACGACCACAACACGCAAUGACCUGGUACAGUUCGAUGGUGAAGAGUUGAAGGAAAGCAUCCCAGCUGAAGCUGGGCAAAUAUCGCCUGCCCCGGAGACGCAGUCGUACAGACAGUUAUUGCGGCCACCGUUCAGGUCGCCACUCCCGCCGCUUUCUGCAUGCGAACAGGCAACGCACGCAGACACCAUCGAGCCUGAAGAUGCGAACCGACUUUCCGUUGACCAUACCGCUCCUUCGAUUGCAUUCGCUGCCCCGAACUCAUAUCUCGAGUACUCGCUCGACAUCGCGACAUUCCCAUUCCCAACUGUCGAGCACGCAAACGGGACGCCGUUCAAUGACACUGGGAACAUGGCAGAGUCAGACGCUAUGGCGCACUCGUACCCGCACAACACUGCGAGCGCGACAAGCACUGUCCGACCCCUUCCCAUUGCUCUGCGCGUAAGCCCUGCAAGCGUCAACAACUUCGGAGCUGUGACUGCCAGCGAAACAAACACGUCUGCGACAGCCCAUGAUUUGUCGUACCAAGGGCUGCCGUCGCCGCAGGCCUGCCUCAACAACGUCGCAUUCGAGCUGGGCUGGUCGCAGUGGGGCGCAGCGGACGUAGCCAGCAACGAUGACCCAGGUGUCCUCCCGGAAGGCCAAGGGCUAACCGCGGAUACCACCGAGGAGGGUGACCAAGGAGGGUCUAAUGCGACAACAGAAUGGCAGGACGACAGCGUCGGGAACUCGGAUGAGAACGACGCGGCGUUGUUGCAAGAAAUCGAAUACGCGCCUACUACGGCGCGCCCUGCGGAGCCACCAGCCGGUCUCCUCUGGACGGAUGCUCCGUCCGUCGAGCUAGUGGGGUGGUUCAAUCUUCCAGACGACUUCAGCUCCGGCACGGAUGCGUCGCCUGAGCAGGUCAUUGUCAACGACGGGUUCCACAUCCCGGGAUUGUCAGGGAGCGACCAGUUCGAUCCUUGGUCUGGCAGUGGAGGCCCCGCUUGCUCCUCCCAAGGAACGUUCUCUCAUGAUUGCGCGAUGCUUCAGAAGGACUGGUAG